CCAGAUAUGUUUACGGACAUUCACUGUACGCUACGUAAGUAUUUAUUUUUACGUUUUCGGAAUUAAAAUAACAUCCAGCGAGGUGAUGGAUAAACAGUGCAAACAGUUUAUUUGUGAAAUCUCACAUUAAACGUAACGCUUUCAAGCAAUAAUAAUAAGCUUGCAACAUACGUCGGACAUGGAGGACGAUGCACCUGUGAUAUACGGCCUCGAAUUUCAGGCUCGUGCACUAACUUCCCAGACAGCUGAAUCGGAUGCCAUUCGUUUUCUUGUGGGCACCCAGUCCCUCAAAUUUGACAAUCAGAUCCACAUCAUUGACUUUGAUGAUGAGAAUAACAUCAUUAGUAAGAGCGUCCUGCAGCACCAGGCAGGGGAGAUAUGGCACAUCAGCGCCAGUCCUGCAGAUAAAGCCGUGCUGACGACCUGCUACAACAAAACCAGUGAGAGUCGCGUGGUGACGUGUGGGGCUGUUUGGAGGAUGCCCCCAGAGUGGGAGUCAGGGAGCCAUGAAUCCCCAGACGAUCCCCACAACUCCCACAACCCCCAGAACCUGGAACUCCUCUGUCACCUUGACAACAGCUCCCACGGCAACGCCUCCUGUGUCCUGUGGGAGCCCAUGGGAGAUGGGAAGCAUGUGAUCUCUCUGGCUGAUAACCACGCUCUGCUCUGGGACCUGACGGAGAGCUCUACCCAGGCCACGAUCUCCAGCAGUGCCACCUUAGAGGGUAAAGGUCAACUGAAGUUCACGGCUGGGAAGUGGAGUCCACAUCACAACUGUACCCAGCUGGCCACAGCCAACGACACAGCCAUCAGAGGCUGGGACCUCCGUACCAUGAGUCAGAUCUACUGCAUCGAGAAUGCUCACGGGCAGCUGGUUCGAGACCUGGACUUCAAUCCUAACAAACAGUACUACCUGGCCAGCUGUGGGGACGACUGCAAGGUCAAAUUCUGGGACGUGAGAAACAUCAACGAGCCAGUUAAGAACCUGGAAGAGCACUCCCACUGGGUGUGGAGCGUGCGCUACAACCACUCUCAUGACCAGCUGGUGCUGACCGGCAGCAGUGACAGCAGGGUGAUUCUGUCCAACAUGGUGUCCAUCUCCUCCGAGCCCUUCGGUCACCUGGUGGACGACGAUGACCUCAGCGACGGAGAGGACAACCACCAGGACGAGAAAACUAAGGAGCCACUGCAGGACAGUAUCAUAUCUACCUAUGAAGAGCAUGAGGACAGUGUAUACGCGGUGGAGUGGUCCUCGGCAGACCCAUGGCUCUUUGCCUCUCUCAGCUACGACGGCAGACUGGUCAUCAACAGGGUCCCCCGCGCACUCAAAUACCAUAUCCUGCUCUAGACAGACCUCACACUGGACUGAGAAAAGAGGGGUAUGGGGAGAGAGGGGUAUGGGGAGAGAGGGGGAGGGAUCGCGAGAGAGGGAUAGAGGGCAAUGGAUGGGGAGAGAGGGAUGGGGAGGGGUGUGGAGAGAGGGAAAUGGGGAGGAAUGGGGAGAGAGGAAUAGAGGGCAAAGAAUGGGGAGGGAUGGGGAGAGUGGAAUAUAGGGCGAAGAAUGGGGAGGGAUGCGGAGAGAGGAAUAGAGGCAGAAGAAUGGGGAGAGAGGAAUAGAGGGCGAAGAAUGGGGAGGGAUGGGGAGAGAGCAAUAGAGGGGGGAGGGGUGUGGAGAGAGGGAAAGGGGGCGAGGGAUGAGGAGAGAGGAAUAGAGGGCAAAGAAUUGAGAGAGGAAUAGAGGGGGGGGAUGUGGAGAGAGGGAAAGAGGGCGAGGGAUGGGAGUGAGGGGGGAGAUGGGCAGGGCGAGGGAUGGGAAGGGAGGGGGAACCAACUGUGUCCGAGGGCCGUCAGGAGAGCCACACUCACCAGACCCUGCACACACACGCUCUCGCACUCCCUCUUGCUAUUCCUCUCUCGCUCUGUCUCUGUUUCUUUCUCUCUCUCUCUAUCGCUCUCUUUCCCAACCUCCCAUUCAAUGAAAUAGCUGAUAACGCAAACAAUUCCAUUCCCCUUUAAUGAUGCAGAUGACUAUGUAUGUUUGGACAGAAAAUACAGAAAAACUGCUAUAUAUCUGUUCUGAAUAUUGUCAAUUAAAUGCUAUGUAUGUAAA